UUAGCCCUUGUACCAGUACUUUGCUCUCCUAUGGAAUGGUUCUAGCUCCUUAGGGAGGCACUGGGGGAACAGUGGAUGUUGAUAUUUAGUAUCUGUUUAGAGGGAAUAUUGUUUAGAGGGAACAUUUUCUAUGACUUCUCAUCUCUGGGGGCUGGGCAGACACUCAGUGGUGGCUACCAGUGGUCCCAUCAUGGGACUGCUGGGGAGGGCAGCAGCCUCUUGUUUCUUCAGGCACCAUCCACAUUCAUCUCAGCAUUGCUCCCUGUGAUGUGCACAUCAAGGUGCCUUAAAAUCCAACUCUAGGACAGUCUGGAGAAAAGGAGUUGUGGAAAGAAUCCCACUGAAGAGAAAAUCCAAAUUGCUGAGGAAAAAGAUGCAGACUGGAUCUCCAGUGCCCCAAGCUGCAACGAAUGGAAGAAGAGCCUAUAUAUGAGGACAUGGCAACUGAGGGACCGUCGGAGGAUAGUGAUGUCAAGAACUAACCGAUAGACCCCGAGUCAUGGAAAGAUGGCGACGUUGUUACGAUAACCAAGCUGGGUCUGUACAAGAUUACUGCUCUGGUGUGUGACAAGUGGUCAACAGGUACAGAGCCAGAAGCACAUGAGGAAGUAAAGGCAGCUUAAAUUAUUUGAAAGAAAAGAAAUAUAUCUAUGUAAGCCACUGGUUAAACGUUACUGUACGGUUGGCUUGAUAAUAGGUUGCUGAAACCAUGAUCGACGGAGCCCUCGCCGGUGGUGAUUUAGAAACAAACAACACAAACAGGGUGUGCAGCGACUGGUUGUCAACUGUAGAACCAGAAGAACAUGAUGAGGAAGGUACCACGGGGCCCGACGGUGCAUUAGCUGGGGAUGAUAAUGAUGAUGAUUCAGAAUCAGACAAAGGUACGAUUGAGACAUCUUCAGAGGAUGAAGAGGAUAAAGAGAGGCGGCCUUUGAGCAGAAUAACCGUGAUAUGCACCUGUUGUUUUUGCGUGAAGCAAGAUUUUUAAAAAGGGUCUGUAAAAAGUGGCUUGUGACCUUUAUUAGAAAUCUGCUCAUCACUCUGACAUGUUGGAUUUGUAAGAGAACACAGCUUCUCACCAUCUGAUAACCUGCAAAUACUUAAAAAUGAGCAGCGGUUGCUCUAACUCAAGUAUUAGCCAACAACAGGCCCAGUAUCACUAAUCACCUCAUCCUGAUGCACCAUACAUUAUGGUUCACAUCAAUCUAUUGAAAAAAUUGAUGUGUGGAAUCUUGUUAUUGCUUGUGGUUCUGACUAUUUGUUUGUGGAGGGAAACAAGAAAAGGCUACUACAUUCCCUUCAAAACAGAAAGCAAAAGUUUUCAGAUUCCCAGAGCUCUGGGAAAAGGAGAUGUACUUACAUCCCGUCUUCUUUCAAGCAAAGCUGUCAACGAGAAGGGCCAACUAUCUGCUGCUUUGCCGGUCAAACUGAAUAAAGUAAAUGGCAUCAUCUCUUCAACCCCUCCAGGAAACAAUGCAGUGGCAAAGUCCAAGAAAUCAAUGCUCUCUGUGAAUGUCUGGAAUGAGGACAGUUCAUCAAAGAAUCUCAUACCCAGGCUGCAAAAGGUCAAAAACAAUUACCUGUCCAUGAACAAGUACAAUGUGACUUACAAAGGGCAAAGGAAUAUGGCCAAACUCAGUCCAGAGAAACUGCUGUGCCAGCUCCGGGACAGAGUGAAUGUGACAAUGAUCCAUGGGUCAGACGGUCCGUUCAAUACCUCUGAAUGGCAGAUGUAUCUACCAAGAAAAAACCUCAGCCAAGAAGUCGGCCACUUCCGUCAAUGCGCUGUCGUGUCUUCAGCAGGAUCUCUGAAGUCCUCGCAUCUGGGACCAGAGAUAGACAGCCACGAUGCAGUUUUGAGAUUUAAUGGAGCUCCUACCGUAGGGUUUCAGAAUGAUGUCGGAGAAAAGACAACAGUUCGCCUUGUUAAUUCUCAGCUUGUAACUGUCGAAGAACAGAAGUUCCUUACAGAUACAUUGUACAAUACUGGAAUCUUAAUUGUCUGGGAUCCAGCACCUUAUCAUGCCGAAAUUCAUGAGUGGUACAGAAAACCAGACUACAGUUUCUUUGUAAACUACAAGGCGUAUCGGACUAGACAUCCAGAACAGCCCUUUUAUAUCCUGAACCCAAAAAUGCAGUGGCAGCUCUGGGAUAUUCUGCAGGAGAACUCACUGGAGGAAAUUCAGCCCAAUCCACCUUCUUCUGGAAUGCUUGGCAUUGUGAUCAUGAUGACCCUCUGUGAUGAAGUGAAUGUUUAUGAAUUCCUCCCUUCCAAACGACGGACAGACAUCUGCCACUAUUACCAGAGAUACCAUGACCGCGCCUGCACCAUGGGUGCUUACCACCCACUGCUAUUUGAGAAAAACUUGGUGAAGCACAUUAACCAAGGCCAAAAUGAGUUAAUUUACACCCAUGGGAAAGUGACUUUGCCCGGUUUCAGAAACAUGCACUGUUAGCAACUCAACUUCUACUGUGCAUAUAUACUUCUGUUGAUUUUCAAGGCACUUUUAGAAGGAUAUUGUUGAGGUUGUUAGGCCUAAACAUUGAUGUGCCCUGACAGUUCUUCCAUAAUGCACCCCUUACAUUAAGGAUUCCUGUGAUGCAACUUCUCCGAUCUGUACAAUAGCAGUAAGCAUUACACAUCCUCCACAAUUAUCCAAUAUCUAUUGCGUGAACUUCCAGUCAGAUUAGUGGGUCUGAGGGGCUGAGUACCUUCAGCUGCAGUUGGCUACCUGAGUUGUUUUCUAUGCAGUGUAAGCCAACAUAUUGCUGGUGUCACUCCGCUGAACUCAGU